CCCGGGCAGUAGCGAGCGAGUCCAUUUGUUGUUGUAGUUGUUGUUUUAUUGUUGUUGUUUAUUAUUCUCGUUUAUUCUUUUGUGUAUCGGUCGCUUGCACCGAUGGCGAGCGUGGACUUCUGGCUGCUGCAGGCUCGGGCGCUGGGCGGCCCCGAGGUGGACGACUUCUGCCGUCGCCUCGCCGCCGCGCUGGUGGCACGGGGGGACGCCGGCGCCGAGGCCACCGUGCUGCUCCAGCGCCUGCACCUCGUGGUGUCGGCCAGCAGGAAGAGACGGAGGCUGCCUAGGGAGGUUCUGGACAAGCUGCUGGCCAUGCUACUGUUCCCCACCGCCCCAGACAGCGUGCACACGCUGUGCGCCGGCGUGCUGCGGGAUUUGGGGCCCCGGCUCGCCCCCGCGCUGCCCCACGCCUCCGAGCCGGUGCCUGGGGACAACACUGCCACUCCUCCCACCCCCACUGCGAGCCCUGCCGGUGCCACCGCCACGGAGCCUCCGCUGCUCUCCUUGACACUGCUGUGCGAUGACGUGGCGGCCCUGGACGCCUCGACCCUGACUCGCCUGGCGCCCGUGCUGCUCGCUCAGGGCAACGUGAACGGAGAGGUGCAGCAGCUGCUGGGACGAGUUUUGCGGCUGCUGGAGGGGAGGGGGGGCAUCCCCGAGGGGGGCUCGGGGGCCCCCCGCUUGCUGGCUGUGCUGGCUCGCAUCGUGCACCUCUACCCUGCCCUGCUCACCUCUGAGCAGUGCGACGCUGUGAGCCGCCGUCUCGCCCAGUGGCUCCGCUACACGGGGACCUCCCAAGGAGCCCCCUCCUCCCACUCCUCCUCCUCGGCCGGAUUCUUCUCAGCGGCGCGGGGAAGCAGGUACCGCCAUCCCCUGGCUCCUGUGCAGGAGGUGGACGGCAGCCCAGUGGGAGACUUCUUUACCGUGCUGUGCAUUGGUCAGCACUACACCCACGAGCAGUGGCUGCACCUUCACUCCUUCUCCAUGCUGCGCCUCUGGCUGCAGGCCUGCCUCACCCUCACCCCCGCUGAGGGGCGCGUGUCGUUGCCGGGCGGCUCGGUGUCAUCGCUGGUGUCGGGGGCGUCGGCGGCGUCGGCGCAGGGCGGCGCCCGUGACCGCCUCGCGCGCGCCGCCUUCGAGUACAGCCUCCGCGUGCUGGGCCAGGCCGAGAGGAAAGCCACGAAGAGGAUUGACGCUGAACUCCAGGGAGCGUGCGUGGAGGAGGCACUGUCUCUGCUACAGUUGCUGUGCCGCCUGGACCCUGACCUCGUGACCCCAGCGUUCUCGGCCGUGUCGCGUCUCUCGGGGAGUCUCCUCUCCUCCCGAUCGCACCCACGCGCCCUCCUCCCCGCCGCACACUUUCUGCUGCACCACGGCGAGACGCUGGCGGUGGAUGCCAGCGCCGCGUGCCGGGCGGCGCUGACGCGACUGCCCUCCGAGCUGGGUCGCGACCCCGUGACUUCUCAACUGCUGGUCACAUUCUGCCGCCGCAACGCGUCGCGGCUGAGCGAUGUCCUGCCAAGAACGUUUCCCAGCUUGCUCAAGCUGGUGGCGUGGCACACCGUGGCGCUGCUUCCCGACUUGGUGGAGCUCAUGCCGGCGAUAAUGGGCCGGUCCACCGCCCUGGAGCUCUUCCACAGCCUCCUGGACCUGCCCGUCCUCACAGCCGCCCUGGCCCUGCGGUACGAGGGGGGUGCCACCACCCCGAGCAGACCGGCGGGUGAGCUGCCCCACGAGGCAACCCUUGACCCCCUCACUCAGGGCAUGCUGCGCUUCCUACUGAGGGAGGAGUCCGGCUUGGGAGAUACCAUUGACAAGCUGGCGAUGCUGCACGGGGAGCUGGAGUCGCUGCGUGGGCACCGGCGCGUGCUGCUGUGCGCUCGCGCUGCCCCCGUCCUGCUCCACGCCUUCUUCUGCGCGCUGGCUCACCGGGCGGACGAGGAGGAGCUGGUGGCGGAGCUGUUCCCCGUGCUGCUGGAGCGGAGCACUCAGCUCUACGGCAUCGCCGCCUUCCAAGCGGACGUGCUGCGUUUGCUGGGGGCGGAGGUGGAGCGUGUUUGCUCACUGCAGCCGUCGCUGCUGCUGGCGCACUCCGGAGACGUCGCCCACGUGGUCUCCUCUCUCUCCAGCCGCCCCGACCACGAGUCACUCCUCGUCAGCCUGGUGUGGGCGGUGGGCGAGCACGCGCCGGGCGACGCGCCGCACACCACGCUCGCCGCCUACUUCGCGGCGCUGGAGACGCUGCUCUACGAGGCGCUGGCGUCCCAGCCCCCCCGCCACCCCCCGCGUGGUGGCAGCCGUGUGCUCCGCCCUGGCCAAGCUGGCGGCGCGGAGCCAGGACCUCAUCCCACGGCUGCAGCUCGGCCUGGGCAAGGUGUGCACGCAGUACGGGGCAAGCGGCGGGCGCGGCGCUAGCGCCAGCGCGCGGGAGCUGGCGUCGCGAGCGCGGGAGCUCUCCGGCCUGGUGGCGCAGCCCACGACGGCCCAGUGCGUGCUGGGCGGCACCGCCGCGAUGCCGGCGUCGCUCCUCCACCACCAACGCGACCCGCACACCGUGCCGCCGCUGGCGCUCGCCGCGCUGUGCU